CUACACUACAAGUACCGUGUCGCACACACCGCCAACAAGCAACUUUCUCAGGGUCCCCCUGGUCCAUUCUUUGAAGGUAUCCCGCGAAGUCGAACGACGAUUGGAAACAACCUACAUCUCGCACCGCCAUUCGAAUCCUCGACCUCCCUCGGUUAUCCCCAUCCACGGCAAAGCUCAUUCGAUUUCGCGACCUGCGCAAACGCGUACCCGUAACACACAACACUCACACACACAUCGCUAGCCAUGCCCGCGCCAGUCGAAGAAGGGAACCGCUCACCGGGGCACCACAUCGAACUAGCCGACGACAACCCUUCCCCACGGCACGAUGGCGAAGCGAGUCCCGGGCUCAGAGACAGCAAGGGCUGGGACGGGAAGCUGCGCGUUCCCAAAAACGCCCUCCUGGCGAAUCCAGAAGCGCUCUCGGACCCGGAGUAUUCGGACGAGGACAACGUUAUCCCCGGCGAGGAGGUUGCCGCGGACGAAGACAUUCUCGACGGCGAGGACUCAGACACGGAUGAGAUCAUCUGCACCCACUCGCGAAUCAAGUCGAUCCCCGCCCUCCGGCUAGAGAGGUUCAAGAGGGUGGCCCGCAUCUGCCUGCGCCAGAACCUGAUCCAAGACAUCGAGGGCUUCUCGUGCGUCGCGUCCACCCUCAACGACCUCGAUCUCUACGACAACCUCAUCUCCCGCAUCCGCGGCCUCGACGACCUCGUCAACCUCACCUCUCUCGACCUCUCCUUCAACAAGAUCAAGCACAUCAAGCACGUCUCCCACCUGACCAACCUGACCGACCUCUACCUGGUGGCCAACAAGAUCUCCAAGAUCGAGGGCCUGGCGGGCCUCACCAGGCUGCGCAACCUCGAGCUCGGCUCGAACCGGAUCCGGCAGCUCGAGAACCUCGAGACGCUCAAGUCGCUCGAGGAGCUCUGGGUGGCCAAGAACAAGAUCACGUCGCUGACGGGCCUCGCGGGCCUGCCGAACCUGCGGCUGCUGUCGAUCCAGUCGAACCGGAUCCGGGACCUGUCGCCGCUGCGCGACGUGCCGCAGCUCGAGGAGCUCUACAUCUCGCACAACGCGCUCGCGUCGCUCGAGGGGCUCGAGCACAACACGCGCCUCCGCGUGCUCGAGGUGUCCAACAACCAGAUCGCCAGCCUCCGCGGCCUCGGGCCCCUCGCCGACCUCGAGGAGCUCUGGGCCAGCUACAACCAGAUCGCCGACUUUGCCGAGCUCGAGCGCGAGCUCGCCGACAAGCGCGCCCUCACCACCGUCUACUUCGAGGGCAACCCGCUCCAGCUGCGCGCCCCGGCCCUCUACCGCAACAAGGUGCGCCUGGCCCUGCCCCAGGUGAGGCAGGUGGACGCGACUUUUGUACGGACAUGAGCGAACGGGGUUGGGGGGGCGGGGGAGCUAUGCUUCUUUUGUUUUGAUAUGAUAUGCUGUGGCUGAUCUGAACCGAACGACUGGUGACUUUUGUACCCUCUUCGUCUGCCUACCAACCAAUUUCUUUUUGUAUAUAUAAUAGCUGGUAAUAGCUGGUCUGGUAGGGCCGGAACAGCGAGGCGGGAAUGUGAACGGCAAGGGAGAGGGGAAGGGUGAAGGUUACGGGAACGGCUAUAUGCCAAACCAUGUCUCCUACAUAGUAGGUAGCAUGCACGGACGUUUUCUGUUAUCAACGUUCGGUGAAGUUCGGG